GCGAACGGGUUGUUUUCGUUAGACAGCAUUGCGGUACGUAUUUCACGACGUGGAGGGUCUUAUCCAUCCAAACCUUUUCAAAUGGGCUCCGUCGCCUAGCGUUAUCUCCCCAAAGCCUCCGACUGAAUCGAGCAGGGUGCUCCAAUAACAUCAACACGAGCGGUAAAAGAAGGGUUUACACAAGUCUGUAAAAUGGCAGCCAUUCCAGCUAGUGGUUCUCUUGUUGCCACUCAUGACUACUACCGAAGGCGCAUCGGCUCUACAUCCAGUAGCAGCUCGUGUGGCAGCUCUGAGUAUAGUGGGGAGGUUAUUCCACAUCAUCCAGGUCUGCCCAAACAGGACUCUGGUCAUUGGUGGUCCAGUUUCUUCUUUGGGAAGCAGAACCAGCCUGGUAUGGGAACUCUAACUGAAGAGGCUCAACAGAAGUCAGGGGUGAUGAGCAUGACCAAUGGGCAGGUGACCUGUGUUGCCCGGGAGAUGGUGAAAAGGCAGGAAAGCGAAAUGUGUGAUGGAGGCAAGUCGGAGGUGGGGAGUUCUCCCAAAUCCUGAAUCUGAGACCAGCUCAGGACCCCAACGCUAGGGGACGGAAAUGGCCCCCUCUUAUUUUAUUUUUUUUUUAUUUUAUUUUAUUUUUUUUUUAAAUCUCCCAUGCAUAUAAUGGCUUGUUUUAGUAUUUGUUUUUCUUUUUUUUUUUUUUUACUCGUUUUUUAUAAAUAUAUAUACCAUAAUAAAAUGGAAUAACUGAAACAUGCACAAAUAUUUUGUACAUUUUUACACAUCUGUAACACUGGUGGAGUUACAUGUCUUUGUUACUCAUUAUCAUUGUAUUGUAUGUAUUUUCAACACAAUAAAUUGUCUUAAACAGCCCACUACUGGAUUUUUUAAAAUACUUAUAAAAGACAUUUUCAUAUUUUAUUACAAACCCCCCAUUAACAAUUAAAAGGUGGUUGGCUAGAUACACGAAAAAGCCUUUCUGUGGCAUGAUGACUCUGUAUUUCUUCAGUUAGUUAUUAUUUCUCUGUAUUCAGCAAGAGGUCCCAGCUAAGAGACUGUGACAGGUGCUGUGUUUGGGAGUUUUUGUUGGAGACAAAAAGGCAUCUCAUGUAAAUGUUUUUUUUGUGUGCAAAAUGAAUGAGGCAGAGUAAAUGGCUAUAUGGAUAUUAUACAAUACAAAUAUAAAUUAGUUUUUCUCUAACAUAAAAAGGCUUUUAGAUGUACAGACUUGAAAUCAAAUCUACACUUGAUAGGAGCAACACAUUCAAGUCCACAUAUGCUGUCUGCUGCUCUGUAGAGGAGCGCUAUACAAACUAUUAUUAAAAAUGUUUCUUAA